AUGGUAAUAGAUGGAGGAAGAAACAGCACUACAGUCACCAAGUUCAUCUUCUUGGGAUUCUCUGAAUUUCCAAAGCUCAGAGUCUUCCUCUUUUCAACAUUCCUAGUGAUCUACCUCAUCACAGUAUUCUGGAACCUGGGUCUCAUUACCCUGAUCAAGAUGGAUUCCCAACUGCAUACACCCAUGUAUUACUUCCUUAACAAACUUGCCUUCUUAGACAUAUGCUAUGUGUCCUCAACAACUCCCAGGAUGCUCUCCGACUUCUUCCAGGAGCAGAAAUCAAUCUCCUUUAUGGGAUGCACCAUGCAGUACUUCUUCUUCACUUGCUUUGGUCUGACGGAGAGCUGUCUACUGGUGUCCAUGGCUUAUGAUCGAUACGCUGCCAUUUGCAGCCCUCUACUUUACACAACUAUCAUGUCCCCAACUCUUUGCCUACAGCUGUUCGUAGGAUCUAGCAUAACUGGAUCCUUUGGCUCAUUUAUCCAACUAUGUGGCUUACUUCAGCUCAAUUUCUGUGGGCCCAAUAUCAUUAACCAUUUCUUCUGUGACCUGACCCAACUGUUGAUCCUAUCUUGUUCUGAUACUUCUUUCUUACAAAUUUUAUUUUCCGUGCUAACAGUGAUCUAUGGACUGGCCUCUGUCCUGGUUAUCCUGAUAUCCUAUGGUUAUAUCGUUGCCACCAUUCUGAAGAUGAGUUCGGCUGAAGGCAGGUCAAAGGCUUUCAACACCUGUGCUUCUCACCUGACAGCAGUGAGUCUUUUCUAUGGCUCAGGCACCUUUGUGUAUUUAUGUCCCAAUUCAGAUGAUUCCCUUAGCCAAGGCAAGCUGGCUUCUGUUGUGUACACUAUAGUGAUUCCCAUGCUAAACCCAUUGAUCUAUAGUCUGAGAAACAGGGAAAUCAAAGAUGCCCUAAUCAGAUGUAAGAAGAGAAUUUUCUCCUGA